AUGGCAUCCAAACAAGCCCAGAAACGAUUGAUGAGAGAGCAUGCCGAAAUCACUAAAUCGCCUCCGCCCUUUAUCAUCGCUCGCCCUAAAGAUACCAAUAUUCUAGAAUGGCAUUUCAUCAUCCGUGGUCCACCUGAUACUCCCUAUGUGGGCGGGGAAUUUUGGGGCACCGUGACAUUUCCAUCAGAAUAUCCGUUCAGACCUCCAGGAAUUGUAAUGAUGACUCCCUCUGGUCGCUUUCAGCCUGGCUAUAAGAUAUGCACUAGCAUGAGUGACUAUCAUCCAGAUUCAUGGAAUCCAGCUUGGGGGGUCUCAACAAUAUUAACUGGAUUACUCUCUUUCAUGGUUUCGGACGAGAUUGCGACUGGAGCUGUGUCUGCCACUCCUUCAAUGCGGAAGGAUUACGCCGCCAGAUCGCACGCACAUAAUGCUGCAAACCGGAUAUUCCAGGCCAUCUUUCCGGAGUAUUCUAACCCCGACGAAAUGAUCGACUUGCCGAACAUGGGGGAGAAGUGA